AAAAAUUAUCCAAAAAUCAUUUUCACUAAAAAAACCUAUGUGUAGUGUUACAACUGAGAAGAGGGAGAGAGACGAUUGCAGAUAGAGAAUCAGCCAAUCAGAAUCGUCUUACUAUCCACGUGUCGUCCAUCACCAACCAAACCACAUUGGAAGGAUAUAAUUCAUAUAAAAAAAUUCAAACAAAAAAAAAAAAAAAAAUAAAAUAAAAUCAAACUGCACUGCAAAAAGGAUAGAACCAAUCAUUCGCGCGGCCACAUAAUACUGAAAACACCAUCAAAAUUCAAAUGGCGGCGACGGCGUAUACUGCUGCUGCAGCAUCAUCAUCAUCAUCCUCCGUGGCGGCUGCCACCACCGUGUUGGUUACACGUGUUCCGGCUUCCACCAGAAUCACUCGCUGCUCUGCCUUGCCGUACUUCCCUCCUCGCCCCUCCACCUCCUCCUUUUCUUCUUCCGUGAAGCUAGUCCCAGAACCCAGGAGGUUUACUCUAAUCCAGACAAGAGCCACAGAUGAGACAUCUACCCCUGUUGAUGCUGGGGAGGUUUUCACAGACUUGAAGGAGAAGUGGGAUGCUGUUGAAAACAAGUCCACAGUAAUCCUUUAUGGUGGUGGGGCAAUAGUUGCACUGUGGCUGACCUCCAUUGUUGUUAGUGCCAUUAACUCUGUCCCUCUGCUUCCUAAGAUAAUGGAGUUGGUCGGGCUUGGUUACACAGGAUGGUUUGUCUACAGAUACAUACUGUUCAAGUCAAGCAGGAAAGAACUGGCUACAGAUAUUGAGGCGUUGAAGAGGAAGAUUUCUGGAUCUGAAUAAAUUCAGAAGUUAGCAGAGCAUGCUCAAUUGUUUGUAAUAAUUCUCUUCCUGUCUCCUCUGUACUUAAUGUGAAAGAGAGUCUAUAUCCUGUUAUUUAGGAUAGCCUUCUAUAUGUUAUUGUCUUGUUUUCUGCUUCCCCUGUUUGAAUUUUAUGUGUAUGGCUAUGGCCAAGUGUUAAGUAUAAAUGCAAUUCCCAUGAUAGAGAUACACUUAGUUCUUCUCGCCUAAUGUACACUGAAU